GGUGUCAGUGUUUUGGACACGAAACUACAAUAUGGAGUGACUGAGUUUCGGACUGUAGCAGAAACAGUAAAAUGUUUGUUUAAAUGUUUUACUGGAACCAAUUUUGAUUAAAAUAAUAAACUACAAAGACUUUGCGAAGACAGGUAUACUUACUUUUGAUGUAAAAAUGCGGUAUUUUCACUGGGACGUGAUUAUUUCUUCUCUUAUGCUAACACACAGCUAAACAGCUUCAUUACUUUAUUUAGUUUCUGCUUUUUUUGGCGUUUUAGUGUAUAUUUUUAAUGUCGAACAAACAACAGUGUGGGUAGCGAUAUCUUUAACUACAGAGGUGUGAAAUAUUAAAUGAAAAUAAUGCAAAAACACGUCAAAAAUUGCUCUCAUGGAAACUUGUAAAAUAUGCACACUAUUGUACUAUUUUGUGUUGUAUAUAGUGUACAUACUUGUAUAUUAUCUCUUUAUUUAUACUGAUUUUAUCUCUUUGUUUUUAACUGAUUUCAUCUCUAUUUUUACUGAUUUUAUCUCUUUAUUUUUACUGAUUUUAUCUCUUUAUUUUUACUGAUUUUAUCUCUUUAUUUUUACUGAUUUUAUCUCUGUUUUUUACAGAUUUUAUCUCCUAAUUUUGCUUAUUUUAUCUAUCAUUUAUCUCCUCUUUCUACUUUAUUUGCACUGGAGUUACUGGAACAAAAAAAAAAUUAAUAUUUCUGAUUCUAAAAUCUGUUAAUAUUUUGCCUCACAGACUUAAAAAGUAUGUUCUGGAAAUAUUAAAACCACUUAAAUGAGCAUUUUAAAACUCCGUCUGGAUUGACUUUCAGAUAUUUAUUACCUUGAGUUUUGAUCUGUACAUUAUUGAUAAUUUUUUUUUUUUCUCCAGAAAAACAGCUCUUUAAAGUCAUGACUGUGGUAAUCGGAUUUGAGGGCAGCGCCAACAAGAUCGGCAUCGGAAUAAUCAGAGAUGGUGAGGUGCUCUCCAACCCUCGACGGACCUACAUCACUCCUCCUGGUCAAGGCGAGCCACAUUUCAGCUUUUAUAUCAUCAUUCCCAGUCUGCUGAUAUUUUUGAGUCGAACACAUGAGAAGUUAACCCCAACUUUACUCUGACCUGCAGGAUUCAUGCCAAGUGACACUGCCAGGCAUCACCGCGCCGUGAUACUGACUGUUUUGAAGGAAGCGCUGGAGCAAGCAGGGCUGAAGCCUGCAGACAUUGACUGUGUGGCGUACACGAAAGGUAAAUGUAAAUGUUAUUUAUUUAUACAGCCCUUUACAACAACCCUAUCAGUAAACAAAAGUGCUUUGCAAUACAUAGAAAAUAAAAAUGAAUAAAUAAAAACAAUAAAAAGCAAUAAACAAUCAAAGCAAUUAAAAAAGAACACUGUUAGUGUUGGUUAAAAGACGUGCAGCAGCAUUUUGGACAAGAGAAUGAUUGGGAGAUGCCAACAUAAAGUGCACUGCAAUAGUCUAAUCUUGAACUGAUUUGAGCAUGGAUGGCUAUCCCAAACAUUUUGAUCUUGGCCAGGAGACAUAGUUAGAAGAAACUAGUCCUGACAACAUUAUCAAUUUGUUUGUCAAACUUCAGGUGUUUUUCAAAAAUUACCCUCAGAUUCCUGACACUUUGACUGAGCUUUGGAAACAAGGAACCAAAGACAGCCAUCACUGUGUCCCCAAACACAAUACAUUCACUCUUAACGUUAUUUAAAUAAAGAAAAUUUUGAGCCAACCACUGCUUAACAUCAACAAUGCAAGCAAACAAAGAAUUUUGCGCACUGCCAUUGUUUGGCUUCACUGACAAAUAUAUUUGCAGAUCAUCUGUAUAAAAAUGAAAAGAAAGGUUGUGCCUGGCUAUAAUUGACCCAAGAGGCAACAAAUACAAUGAAAAGAGAAUAGGGCCAAGAAUAGAGCUUUGUGGGAUCCCACAGAAGAGAGGAACAAUAGAAGAGGACAAGUCACCAACCAUAACAGAGGUAGGCCUAUCAGAAGAUCCCUGAUGCUCACUUUGUUGUUAAGUAAGAUUUGAUUACGAUACACAUUUUUGAGAACAUGAGGAUGGUAUUUACUGCAAAUUGUGGAUAUGCCGGGCUUUAACAGAUGGUUCAUGUUGUCAGGAGGCCGUAUGUGAGACUGAAAUCAACCCUGUGACCUUUUUGUUUUGUGCUCCCCAAUCUCGCUGUUUUAUUACUCACAUUUACUGAAAAUAUCACACGGGUAUUAUGUUGGUUAAAAACAUUUUUACGAGUAAGAAUGAAAUGCAGGUAAGAUCAAGUUCGAGUUAAAAUUUUCUUGGUGGAGCACGGAAAAACAAUCCCCAAAAUUCAAAUUAGCAUACCGACAUUGUUAUUGUAUGGAUCUGAGCUCACCCCCAAAUACUUGUGAGACUUUCAUGCUGCCUCCAUGAUUUCAAACCAGACAAGUGACCAAAAAUCUUAAAAGAUAAACCAGAUUUAUGGUAAAAACGAUACAUUUUUUAAAUUUUUUUUUAAUUGUGCCAAUCAUUAGUGUUCAUUGAGUGUACCUAAGAGAGGAAUCUGAUGUCUCUGUUCUCCUUCAGGUCCUGGUAUGGGUGCCCCCUUGGUAACUGUGGCUUUGGUGGCUCGUACAGUCGCACAGCUUUGGGGGAAGCCACUCCUCGGUGUGAACCACUGUAUCGGACACAUUGAGAUGGGCCGACUCAUUACGCAAGCCAACAACCCCACAGUGCUGUAUGUCAGCGGGGGAAACACACAGGUUUGUGACUACAUUCGUCAACACAGGGGGCAUCAAAAUCCAGACAAACUAUUCUUCACCGGAGCUUUAAGUACAAAUUUAACAAGUAGUUUCUUUACUUGUGCAGGUUAUUGCUUACUCAGAGCGCCGGUACAGAAUCUUCGGGGAAACCAUCGACAUCGCCGUUGGCAACUGCCUGGAUAGAUUCGCCAGAGUUAUCAAGGUGUGAAUCACUAUAAACAUGAUUACAGCGGCCUCAGAUGAUAAUGGUGUGAAGAAAAAGGUCAUGAAUGUGUUUCUCCUCUCAGAUCUCCAAUGAUCCCAGUCCAGGAUACAACAUAGAGCAGAUGGCCAAAAAGUGAGUCAGUCUUUCUGUGUUCAGAGCCAGUAUUGUUGUUUUAAAUCUGGGCUCUAUUUGAUCAGUUCUGGGCACCAAAACAUUCAGACCUGAUCCAAACAGACUGGAGCGGAUGUUCUGAUGCCUGUUGUGACAUUUCAGGUCCUUCCUUUUACUGCAGACUCGAUCAAAUCGUUACUAUGUGUGCCUAAUCGUUAAUUAGAAGGUGUUCCUGUCAAGAGUGGGAUGUCUUCUGCACAAAAACAGCUGAUGCAAAGCCACCAGAUAAAACUGAAAAAUGAAUUUGACCCUGAAAACUUGGAAACUGCAGCUGCCAAAAUCUGUCUCUUUUUUUGUGUUAUUGCCAUAGUAAUAGCCAAGAAACAUCUUUUUAACUUUGACUAGUUUCUUGAGCAAAGAGACCAAACACAACUCAACCAAAACACCACUCUAUAGCCACAAAUAAUGCUCAGAACAGCACCUAACUUCAUCAACAGGACAUAUAGAGUCCCAGCCACCAAACAUCUUUUUAGCUUUGCCUUAUUUCUUUCACAAAGAGACCAAACACAACUCGCUAUCUCUCUUCCAGCAUGCGCUUGUCUGAACGGAGACCUCUGGGCGAGGCCAUCGACUGCAGCGGGGUGUCACAGCUCAAGGAAGAACAUUUAUGAUUAUUACUUUAUCAUUUCCUUGAAGUAAUAAUCACCAUAUUUAUCAUUUUACACUGCAGACGAAGUAGUUCUUCUGCCUUAGCAUCUCGGACUGAUUGAGUUGCAUUGAUUAUUACCUUAUGGAAAUAAUACAGAACUGAUCAUAAAUGUUCUUCCUUGAGCUGCGUCACCCCGCUGCAGUUGAUGGACUCACCCGGAGGUCCCUACAAACAAGCGGCUGCUGGAAGAGAGAAGGUGAGUUGUGUUUAGUCUCUUUGCUAAAGAAAUUAAGCAAAGUUAAAAAGGACCCUGUAUGUCCUGUUGAUGAAGUUAGGUGCUGUUCUGAGCAUUAUUUGUUGCUAUAGAGAGGCGUUUUGGUUGAGCGCGUGGCUCUCUGUAUUGCUAUCCUGCGAUCGUUACUUAAGUUGGUAUAACUAGAGAAGCAAGCGGUCGGCAACAUUCAUCUCUCCAGGUGGUGUCUAACUCGGUGUUACGGUGUGUUUGACCCUAAAAUGAUUAUACGCCGGAAUAUCCCUUUGAGGUGUGGCGGCUUUUAAUCAGCCAUGACGGUGCUCCACGAUCAAUAGCAUAUAGAGAAAACCCCUGAAGUUGGUCGUGUUUUCUCUGUGGAUCAGACACGACAGCGUGACAAACUUGGCGAACUAUUUACUUUAGCUCGACGUCCGUCAAAUUGAAGCCAAAAUGUCACCAGAUAGCUUAAGUUGUCCUACCUUUCCUCUGUCUUUCUGUCGUGUUUUCAACCGCUUUUUCCUCACAUUGUUGAUCCUCACUCGCUCACUGCAGCUGCACAUGUAACAGGGGUGCAUUCAAGGUGUUUUUCCAGCUCAGGACCUUAUAUACACACCGCGCCGUGCAGCGCGUUAAUCGUUUUUCUUCGAUUAUAAUGUUUUUAUGAUCUGAGAAGUUCGAUUAAUCGUCCAGCACUAUUAGAACGGCCAAAAUAUUAGAAACACCCACCGAUCAAACAAACCGGCUGAUCACAAACAUCCACUAAAAACUCAUCAGGUUUAUAAAGGUGUGGUUGGUUACUUGAUGUAAAAUGGGCCUCAGAUUUUUCAAUAUGCCCUUUAUUUGAAAAUUGAGUUGAUUUUGAGCUGCUUCACUUUGUGUCCAUGUCUGUUCUGGUAGAGGGAGUCAGUAUGUGGAGCUGCCAUACACAGUCAAAGGAAUGGACGUCUCAUUUUCUGGGAUUCUGUCCUAUAUCGAGGUAAGUUAACCCCCUGUCUCUUUGUCAUUUAUUUAUCUAUUUUUUGUUUUUGGGGUUCAGUGAUGUGAUUUUCUUCUCCUCAUCAGGAAGUUGCUCACAAGAUGCUGAGCUCCGGUCAGUGUGCAGCAGAGGAUUUGUGCUUCUCCUUGCAGGUACAAAAAAGAACCCCAAAAAACAAAACAAGCAAUUAAAAUCUGGUAUUUUAAGCGUUAAAAGACAAAAAUCGGAAAAAACGUUUAACCCCUCUGAGCCUGAGGUUCUUAUAUGUGUUGUUUUUUUUAUCCCUAACCUAACAAGACUGUUUACUGUAAUGCGUGAUGAAGAAAAGGGUCACAUAAUGAAUCUUACUCCACUUUGUAUCACACUGGAACACUUUAACGCCUCCCUCCCUGCAGGAGACGUUGUUCUCCAUGCUGGUGGAGAUCACAGAGAGGGCCAUGGCUCACUGCGGAUCCCAGGAGGUCCUCAUCGUCGGCGGGGUUGGCUGUAAGUGCGUCACAUUUAGAUGUUUAAAAAUGUCCGAUCUUUAUGGUUCAGGGUCAAACCGUUUGGUUCAGCCGUCUUUACUCAGUCUUCAAUCAAACGCAGGGGAGAUAGCCUUCAGGAGAAAGUGUUUUUUUAAACCAGUCAUGCAGUCAGACACAGCCUCAAUGUUUCUCAACACCGUCGUUUUCACUUUUCGUACGAUUGUGAAAUGAACUGAAACAGUUUCUGCCCUGAGAGCUUUUUUUGGGGGGGGUUUAAAUAACAUGUUUCACAUUUUUUGCUCUGUGUUUGGAAGAAAGAAACACAAAUAUUGUCAUUCUUGAGUUUGAUAACCCCAAACCGUGCAGGGAUGUUAUCAGGUUAACCGACAACGCAAAGAGCUUUUCCACGUCUUCGUGAUAAGAACUAACCCAACCGAAUCAGUUAUUGUGUGAUACUCAGAAAAGCCUGAGGAGCCAGAAUAAUGAAUCCAAACAAACUGUCACUAAAAGGUUAAAUAUCAUUAUCACCUUCAUUUACUUAUGAACUUAAAGUUUUGACCUGUGACCUUUUGUUACCUGUGCAGGUAACCUGCGCCUACAGGAGAUGAUGGGGGUGAUGUGUAAGGAGAGAGGAGCCAAACUGUUCGCAACAGACGAAAGGUAAACCAGUCCGUCCACACUCACUCGCAGCUGUUUACAUUGAAAUGUAGAGGAGCAGAUCACAUGACCCCAACUGAAACUCAGAUUUAUGCAGAUUCGAAUUCAGGUGUUGAGAUUUGAAAUAACCAUGUGUGACUCAAAAAUACAUGAAAAUAAGGACAGGUACACCCACAACACAGCAGCAGAGCAUCACGAUUAUUCGGGGUUUAGUCUAAUACUCCGAUCACAACAGUCCGGGCUUUUCCUCAUACCAGGAACGUUGUGUUCUGGGUUCAGUCCAGGUGACAGUGUUCCUCUUGUGCUGCAGGUUCUGCAUCGACAACGGAGCCAUGAUCGCACAAGCCGGCUGGGAGAUGUUCAGGUCAGGUCAGGUGACUGAACUGGAGGAUUCAUGGAUUACACAAAGGUAGGACUCUUGUUUUGAUUCGACUUCUGAGGCCCGAACUACACGUAUAUAGAUAUUUAUUUAUCUGGAUAUUUUUGUACUCCAGUUUAAAUAAAUGUAUCUGUCCACACGUGUUAGUUCUCAAAAAUAUCUGCGUCCACACGUAGCCUUCAAACUCAAUCUUAUCUGGUGCCGCUUAAAAAAAUUCAGGAACAAAGCUACCUGAUUGGCCGAUGAAUCGUAACAGCGUGAUGCGUCAUGCAUUGUUUGCGGAACUACGCUAGUGCGUCGGGUCCAUGUGAUGGUGUGGCUGACUGGUGGAUGUAAUUGUAUAAAACAAGGUUCACUUGCAAGGCUGAAAUUAGCCCCAAAAGGGCAAAACAAACGUAAAGAAUACCCUGUAUGUCCGCCAUCGUUGUUGUUUUUCUUUUUAACUCUCAUACGCGAGCUGCGGUUUGACGUCAUCGAUCCGUUAAAGUUCAACCACACGAAUACGGAUAUUUUUUUUUAUUUCUCCACUUGUUUUUUUGGAUUCAGAUUUAUCCGGUUUGUGUUCCAAACUCCCGUUUUGGUGUGGUAGGGAGGCCUAAUCGGACAUAAAUAUGUGCGGUUUGAAAUAUAUCCGCAUUUGUGUAGUUGGGGCCGGAGUCAUUUCACUUUCUCAUUUCCUCUAAUCAGCUCAGACUGGAUUAUUUUCUACUAAAGCAGAGAAAGAGCAGAAGAGCCUCAGUUUUCUGUCCUGCUCUUCAGGCCUCUGUUGAGUUAACCUUGACAGAGAAAUCUACUCCUGUCUGCUCCACACCUCUCUGAUGUUUGCACGCUGACCCGGAACAUUUCUACUGUUGCAGGUACCGGACAGAUGAAGUUGAGGUGACGUGGAGAGACUGACACCAAGAGGGAUCAGUGUCUCAGUUGUUCUGAGUCGUUGUCCUGGGAAGCGGGGAAGAUUUCUUGUGCUCUUGGAAAUUCAGGGACGGGCCCUGAUGAGGGACUUUUGUUUUGACUUAUUCUACUCCAGGCGACUUUUUGGCAGACUGCGAUCAAGAUUUGGGGAAAUAUUGUUGCCGAGAACGUUUCAGGUAUGAUGAGAUAAGCAGGAAACGGUUGAAAAGGCGAAUUCAGUCUCUUUAAACCUGGAACAAGGCGACAGAUUUAUAGCCGUCUUCGUGGCACUUUCCUGUACUGUGACAUAACAAAGAAAAAGAUCCAUUUAUUCACAUUUUUAAGAACUAGAUUGAAGUGAAAGUUAAUUUGUGAUCUUUAUGUUCUCCGUCUCCCUGUUACACCAACUCCUUUGAGCUUUCAGAGGUGAAAUCAGGAGACUGAGCUGAUGUAAUUCAGAUACUUUGAUCUACUUGCUCGUAGUUUGUCAUAAAAUUAAUAAAAGGCAUCAAUAUUCAUUUUUUGUGUAUUUCAUCAAGGUUAAAAACUCCCAAACAGUCCGAGCUGAGUGACAUCCACAUGGUUAAAACACUAUUUUACAAGAAUCUCAUUCAGCCCCACUUUAAACCGGACUCCUUUCUGGUUCUUUUCCCUGUUUUUGUCCAGCAGGUCACACAAACUUCAAAUAAAAAUCUAUAACAACUCACCAAGUUUAUUCGUUUUUAUUAAGCAAUACUGUUCACUUACAUUCCUCCUCUUUCUCCAGUGUAAUUUUUUAAUUCAAUAAAGUUUCUUUUCAAAAAAAUCAUCAUCAUCAUCAUCAUACUGAACAUGGUCAGAUCCCUUAUGGACUCAUGAGUAACAUUCACCCGAUUAGGGAACCGAAUAAAAACAAAGAAAAAGGAACACAGCAUUAAGAUCUGACAGGGGUGGAUUGAGGGUGAACUCUACUGUGCCUUUGACUACACCCCUCUGUAAACUCAAGACAUGGAUACACACGCAUGUCCUUUGCAUUCAUAAACCAUAAAAACUCAAGCAGGUAUAAGACAGACGUUCCUCUGUGUCCAAUCAAGGAAGGAGGGGGAGAAAAAAAACGAUCGCUCUGGUGAGGGUUUCUUGCACAGAAGGAUUGGUCACAACAGAUUCGUUUUCUUUUUCUUUUUAGACAAAGUGCUUGAUUGACCGCUCGCUUUACAGAGGACACAAAAAAAGAAGUUUGAUAAAACUGCAGCAGAGGGGGGGGAAAUUAAUCGACAGCUCCUCGGAGAUUGUUUUUUCUUUUUAAAAAAGGAACAGAAGACCAGCUCUACACAUACAAGCUAAAAUGGAAAUGAGAGGCGAUGGAGACAGGGUUGAUUAAUUAAGGCAGGCUUUCUGUAAGGCGUUAAAAAAGUCCAUUGCUGUAAGAUCUCAAAGGAGUUAGUCCAAAAGUGUCUCAGUGUGGCUUUGCGUGAAGACAUCAUCCUGAGUGCAGUGUGUGUGUGUUUGUGUGUGUGUGUGUGAGAGAGAAGGACACAAAGUUUGCCCAUCCUUAUGUGUUUUUAUGUGCAUGUAGUUGUGUGUUUGUUUGUGUGUGUGUUGUGUCUGUUUUUCUAUGCUUUGGGUGUCUCACACUGCUAGGCUGGGUGCUCCUGGGUGUCCUUGUACCAGAUCACCUUUUUGGGAACUGCAAAGAAAAAACAAACAAGAAAAAAAGAUGAGGAUGUAUGAAUGAAAAAGAUUGAAUAAAACAAUACGAGCCAAAUAAACACCCCAGAGUCUCCUUCUUCACAACCUUAGACUCACCUAAAUACUAGACUUUCAUGUUAAGACACUUUGUGGAAAGACUCCUCAGUUUAAAGGGAUAUUCCGGUGUAAAAUUAAUUUAGGGUCAAACACACUGUAACACUGAGUUAGACACCCCUUCGAGAGAUGAAUGUUGCCGACCGCUUGCUUCUCUAGUUAUACCAACUUUAGUAACGACCGCAUGAUAGGGAUUCAGAGAGCCACUCGCUCAACCAAAACGCCACUCUAUAGCCACAAAUAAUGCUCAGAACAGCACCUAACUUCAUCAGCAGGACAUAUAGGGUCACAGACAUAGUACUAGACACCAAACAUCGUUUUAGCUUUGCCUCAUUUCUUUAGCAAAGAGACUAAACACAAAUCACCUACUCUCUUCCAGCGGCCGCUUGUUUGUAGCGAGACCUCAGGCCAGUCCAUUACAGACUACAGUGGGGUGCCGCAGCUCAAGGAAGAACAUUUAUGAUCAUUUCUUUAUCAUUUCCUUGAAGUAAUAAUCAUCAUAUUGAUCAUUUUGCACUGCAGACGCUGUAGUUCUUCUGCCUUAGCGUCUCGGUCUGAUUGUAUUUCCAUGAAGAAAUGAUCAUAAAUGUUCUUCCUUGAGCUGCGUCACCCCGCUGUAGUCGAUGAACUACAAACAAGCGCUGCUGGAGGAAGGUGGGUGAGUUGUGUUUAGUCUCUUUGCUAAAGAAAUUAGUCAAAGUUAAAAAGAUGUUUGGUGUCUAGUACUAUGUCUGUGACCCUAUAUGUACUGUUGAUGAAGUUAGGUGCUGUUCUGAGCAUUAUUUGUGGCUCAGACCGCUCUGUAUUGCUUUCCUGCGGUCGUUACUAAAGUUGGUAUAACUAGAGAAGCAAGCGGUCGGCAACAUUCAUCUCUCCAGGGGGUGUCUAACUCAGUGUUACGGUGUGUUUGACCCUAAAUUAAUUUUACGCCGGAAUAUCCCAGAGGAGUCCGUCUGUGUCUCUACAAACAUCUCGGCUCCAUACGGAUAACUGACAGGGUUGUGACAUUAUCUGGUCCUAGAAAGAACUACACAUCUGCACAAAAACUCAAUGUUUCUGAACACCGUUUUUUUUUUUGGGACGUUUUCCUUUCCAGGGGGUUUUACUGCAAUUACAAACUAACCAUGCUGAUCUUAACUGCAUUUGCACUUGUUUUAUUUAGAUAUACAAACUCACGUCACAUAUUCCUGGAACCCCCCCCCAGAUUUGAUUAAAUACAUUUCUAUAUAUCUUUCUUUAAAAUCUACAAAAUCAGCAGAUUUUAAACCCCAUGUUUGAGUUUUAAAGUUGGUCACUGUGCUCGUCAUGAACCAAACUUGGAAUAAAAAAAAUGUUAGAGGUAUUCAACAUGAUCUUUCUCUUCGCAGGCGAGGUAUGCAGUGAGAUAAACUAUCAGUAGCUGUGGUUCUCUCAGAUUGUUUUUCUACAAGUCAGAAAAACGAGGUCUGAAUUUCAAGCCUUCGCCUUCACUCUCAUCCCAAAUAAGAUCAACCAUAACGGGAUAGAUGAUAUUUGACCCUUUUUUGGCUGAUUGGGAUAUUCGGCUAAUCUGUCAUGAUUAAAACACAGACUGGUUCAUGGUGUGGACUGACCUUUCUUCUGUCUGUUACAGAUUACGUUCCAUUCUGUGGAGAGAGAAAGAAACAGUCAGGGUCGUUCAGAUUUGUUGUGUUCACGUCGUUUUAGAUCAACACAAAGACAUUCGGUGGUCUUCAGGAUUUCGGGUUUUCUCUCACCUCUACUGUGAUAGUUCAAAGCUUCCACUAGAUGGCGACAACUAAGCAGCAGCUUCCCGUUGUUCUCGUCCACAUCCGGGCGUGUGGCGGGACUGAUGGACGUAGGGAUGGGAAUAGGCGUUUCUUCUGAACGCUGGAAGGUGAGGACUGUGUCUUCUGGCGUUGGCUGGGCGUCUGUGGGUUGGGGAGGGAGAGCGUUGGCGGCGGGGGCAGUGCUGGCGCCCUCUGAGGCCGGCCGGGCCUCACUGAUAAAACUGAGACCCCACUGGUUCUGAAGCAGAACGCCGAUGGCGGGGCGGUCUUCCUCCAGCGCUCCGGUCGCCGCCCCGGCCUUCACCUUGGAGGCGUAGCUGACUGCAGGCUGCAGCUUGGCGGGGCUGUCCUGCACUGGGAAGGCAGGUGGGGGCUUGAGCAGAGACAGACUGUCCUCCACCCACCUCUCCUUUGGGUUGACCUUCUGUGGACGGCUGAGCCCCUUCUGGCUCUCCCUGCGGAGGCUACGCCCCUUGUGCUGCUGGCCCUUGCGUUCUUUUUCCCUGCGGUAACUGAAGGUGUGUGCGUGGCUCACUGUGAUGAGGUCGCCUUCAGGUGAGAGCUGACGGGGCUGCUUGUCGCCUCCAGAGAUACAGCCUCCACCUCCUCCUCCACCACAGUUACCUGAGCCAGGAGACAGGCGUCGGUUGCGAAUGUGGGGUUCAGAGUUGGCGGCUGAAACGAGGACUGCUGGAUCACAGAGGGUAUCGGACUCACACACAGUGUUGCUGGCUUCCCAUGAACCUGAGAGAGAGGUGGCGACAUGUUGGUCAAAUAUCAGCUGCUGACAGAUUUAUGAGGUUUGAUGAGAUGAACUACAAACUUGAAGAAAAAAAGAAUUCGAUGGUGUGCAAAUCAUUUUAAUUCAAAACAGUGCAAAGACAAUAAAACAACAAGUUUGUCCUGUUUUCCUUCUUUGGACGAGAACUGGUCGGUACUGACUGAUGCAGUCUGGGAAAAACCAACAAGAGGGGCUCUUUUGGAGAUACUCGGACAAGUUUUCCAGCUUCUAGUCAGAGUUCUUUACAUCAGUGGUUCUCAACUGGUCUCAAUCUGGGACCCACAUUUUCCCGCGGUCCAUAAGUAGCAACCUGCUUUUAUAGUAUUCAAACCAACAAAAUUAUUUUUUAUAUUAACAAAAAAACUUUUAAAAGACUCAAAUCUUUAACGUAAAUCCACUUGUUUCAUUUAGUAAAGUGCAUUUCAGAGCACAUGAAGGGGACAACAUGAGGACGACAACGACUGAAGUUGCAUAUACAGAAAAAAUGUCUAAUAAAUAUCCCAUCAAAUAUUUACUUUUUUGGCCACCUGUUUGUGACCCACACAGAACGUGUCCGCGACCCACCUUUGGGCCAGGACCCACUAGUUUAGAACCACUGCUUUACAUCCUUACACCUGCCUUUUUUUGAUGCUUUUGCCUCAUAAACUUUGAGGAUGAAACGUCCACUUGCUGAGAGAGGGGCAGAGAGAGGAUGUGCUCGCUAACAGGAAAGCCCGAGCGCAUCUGUUUGGGCGUGUUUCUGUAUACUCAUUAGCGUGUCGUGCGGAGUUUGUUCGCUUCGUUUGAUUGGUCAGGUUUGGGUGCGCUCUCUAUGUUCACCGGCGUGUCCAGCAGACUCCUUGGCAUAGUUUUGACGAAGAAGAAACAGCUUCAGUGGUGGUGGUCAUGGCGGACGUAGAGAUUGGUGGCAAUACCGAGCAAACGGAGGCAGCCCGACCCAGCCAACAUGAGGAAGAGGAGGAGGACCUCUUUCCAAAUACGGGCGGGAGUCACAACAUCGGUUGUCCGGAGAUUCUUCAGACUUAGAAUACCCGACAAUGAUCAAAAAACAAAACUAUAAGAAGAGUGUCAUGUGACGGUCGUUGCUGGAGGAGGAAACACCAACAUCCUCUUCCACCACCUAAAGAUGAAACACGCCAAGCUCUAGAUUCGUGGCGCACCUGCCGCACCAAAAACUAAAGCUGCCGAAGCUCCUCUCAUAACAAAAGAGCUUGGCAGAGUCUUUCACCAAAGGUACGCCGUAUGAUAAAAACAAGCGCCAGACUGGUCUGACAUUUUGUUUGGAUUUGUUUACAAAUCUAAGUUUAAAAAUAAAAGAAAGAUGAACAAAUGCAACAGUAUGGUUAUUUUUAAGCUAUUAAUUGCAUUUACAGGGGGAAAAAAACAUACCAUGGUAUACACUGUUACCGUGACAUACGAUUUUACUCAUACCGCCCAACAUUAGGUACAACUGUGCAGAAAGAUUCACCUGUCAGAGGUCGAUGUCAUGGCCGGUUCGAAGGUCCAUACAGUGUAAUGAAGAACCAGAACCAGUCUACAAGUGAAACUGAAGAGUAAAGCUCAACAUUUUCAUCACGCUCUGAAUAAACCAAACCUUGCUUAAGCGUCUUGCCUCACGAGUAUUUGCUAUUACACUCUCCACUUGGCACCGAUCCAUUACAGAUCUUUGCACUUUCACGUAAACAGACAUCAGGGCUGGGUGACACAUUUUCAUGUGACUUCACUGUGCCGGUAGACUUCACUAUUUGACAAGUUGUGCAGAAAAGAACAGCAUGACCUGGUAGCGAGUCAAAAGGGUGGAGCGGCUGGAGUGAAACGUCACAUGGAGUGGGUUAAAAACGAACAGCUGUGUAUCCUGCAAAGUCAGAUGAGUGUGUGAACUGUGAGGUUGGUCAAAUAAUAAGAACUAGAGCUCGACUCACUCUAGUUUUUUAACAGCCUGGAGGUUUGACUUGCUGUUAAUAAAUGACAGGAAAGGUGUGUUUUUAAUGGGGAAAGCUGAUGUUGAUAUUCACUUUGGUAGACUUCUAUUCAUCUACCUUUGAAUUUCUCCAUGUUUUAUGGCAUGUUUUUGACUACGGUGAGUCAUAUUUGAACAACUGAACAAAAUGUCCCAGUGAAACCGCCUCACACAUGACAUUUCCAACAUAAUGAAACUGAACUGUUCUUGACUGAUAUCUGUCUGAUCAUCCAACAAAAAUCUAUAUGAUGCAUGAAAACCCUUGACUCACAGCCCCAGAGCCUUUUGAUUAUAUCCACGAGUACAUGACUAAUACAAAUACUGAGUAGCUGCAGGCUGACAUUGUCCAAAGUUAAACUUCAUCUAUGGAUUAUUCUGCACUAUUGUUGCUCAAGUUAAUCUACUGGAAACUUGAUACGAUCAUACAAACCUAAAGAUAACUGUUAAAUAUUGUCAAUCGAUCAAUCAGACUGAAUCCAUAAGGCACUUUUCAUACAACAAUAAUGCGACACCAAAAUCUGUACAUGAAAAAAGGAAAUUCAUACAAAAGCCACACUUCUCGAUCAAUAACGCAGCUAAACAAGAGCUGUAAGAAUAACAAUAAUGAUGAUAAUAAAACUGAGGGAACCCUAUCAUGAGGGCUUCAUGAGGGAACUCUGGAGGUAAACAGGAGAGUUAAAGGGAUAUUCCGGCGUAAAAUUAAUUUAGGGUCAAACACACAAUGACACAGAGUUAGACACCCCCUCGAGAGAUGAAUGUUGCCGACCGCUUGCUUCUCUAGUUAUACCAACUUUAGUAACGACCGCAGGAUAGCAAUACACAGCGGUCUGAGGAGCCAUAAACAAACCUCAACCAAAACGCCACUCUAUAGCC